AUGAUCCAAGAACUCCUCGGAGGCACGGCCAUGGAGCAGCAGCAGCAGCAGCAGCAGCUCAAGUGCGCCGGCAACGCCGCGAACCACCACGGCUCGCUCCCCAUGGUGCUGCAGCCCAUCUCCUCCAACCCGUCCCCCACGUCCUCCUCCACCUCCUCGCGCUCCUCCACGCAGCGGUCGCCCUCGGCCGCGUCGUCGCCGCAGGGGCAGGGGCAGGCGCAGCAGGGGCCGCCGGGGCCGGAGCAGGCGCCGCUGCGUUGCCCCCGGUGCAACUCCUCCAACACCAAGUUCUGCUACUACAACAACUACAACCUCACCCAGCCGCGCCACUUCUGCAAGACGUGCCGCCGCUACUGGACCAAGGGCGGCGCGCUCCGCAACGUCCCCAUCGGCGGCGGCUGCCGCAAGCCGCGCCCCAUGCCGGCGCCCGUCGCCAAGGCGCAGCCCUCCUCCUGCAAGUCCGUGCUCGGCAUGGGCGUCGGCGCCGCGCCGUCCCUCGGCCUCGGCAUGGGCGUGGGCGGCGGCAUGUCCUGGGCCUCCGCGCCGCAGACCGCCACCGCGCAGCUCAUGGCGCUGCUCAACAGCGCCAGGGCCGGCUACGCCGGCAGCAACAUGCACCUGCUUCUCGGCCUUGACACCAUGGGGCAGCUCCAGGUCCUGCCGGGGUCGGCCAACGGCGGGCAGGGCAUGUCGCCGUCGCUGUGGCCGCAGGCGACGCACCGGCCGACCAUGCCUCCGCCACCAAUGCACCUCGACUCGCACCUCGGCAUGGGCUCGCUGGGGCUGGGCCAGGGCCAGGGCCACCACAACCUGCUGUCAGGGCUGGAGCUCAAGCCGCCCUCAUCUUCACCGUCACCAUCUUCACUCGCGGCGAGCUACUACAGCGACCAGCUGAACGCGGUGGUGAGCAACGGCGGCGCGGGCCGCCCGCACCCGUACGACACCCCGGCGUCGUCCUACCCUUGCAGCACGGCGAUGUGCUCGCUCCCGCCGUCCGCGUCGACCGUCUCGGCGGCGCAGAGCAGCCACACCGUGGGAAUGGACCAGCAGCCACCCACCAUGUCGCUGGGCACGCAGGAGAUGCAGUACUGGAGCGGCGGGCCGGCGUCAAUGAUGGCAUGGCCGGACUUGCCCACUCUCAACGGCGCCUUCCCAUGA